AUGUCUUCUACCUCUUCUCCAAUUUUGAGCUCUUCAGCUUCAGUGGUUAACGCGCACGUUACGAUAUCACCGGUCACCUACCUGCGGGCGCAUGCUGACCUUGGAGUACUUCUAUGUACUGAGCACUGCUCAGGAUAUACUCUUCAGAACUAUGGUGAGCAUCUUAAACGUGCUCAUGGGGUCAAAGGCCAACUCAAAAAGCGCAUCCAAGAAUGGGUUGAGGCGCAGCAUAUUUCUGAGCGGGUCACACAGCCAUCGCAUUAUCAGGCGCCUCUUCCCGGCCUAGCAAUUCUAAGUGGAUGGAAGUGCAAUAUAGAUGAUUGCAUGUUCUUGACUCAAAGCGAGCAAAUCAUCUUCAGACAUGGCAGUUCAGAGCAUAAUCUGAAUUGUAAACGACAGCAGCGAGAAGGUGAUGCAUCCUUCAAGGUUCAAAUGCAGACGUUGUUCACCAAGUCUCGAGAAUAUUUUAUUGUCGAUCCUAUGUUGAAACAGCAACCACUUCCAUCAAUCUCUUCUUUGGCCGUCUCUACUUUGCCUCUAUCAGAUCACUUGAGGAUAAUUAGAGUUUCAGAUUCAGCCGAGUCUGCUGGCAGCCUUCUGAGUGAACGGUUCUGGUCUAGUCAAGAGACUUUUAAAGAUAAGUACCGUCAAAUUGAGGAGCCAGUACAUACCUCUGAAUUGUCUCCAUGGCUGCGGCUCUGUAAGUAUCAUGAACAUCUCAGUGGGAUUGACGUCGACUUGAUCGCAUCUUCGCGUAGUGUCCCCAAGUCCGAGGCCGAUGAUGUAUUUCUAUAUCAUGUCAGUAAAGCAGUUGAGAGGGUUCUUCAAGCUGCAUCUGCUUUGAUUGCAGAUUUGCAUCAUGUUGACGCCCGACGUCUCAACACAUUCCAACCUGGAACCUUGAGCCAAGAUCCGCUUGAGCACCUCCAAGAAGAACACAGUCUGUCGCAUUACAUUUUAACCUUUACCAAGUUAAUCUGUUAUUUCUGUCGUGUGAUCAAUGGCCAUUUUAAUCGUAAUCUAUUUGAGAUUACUUCCCAACAAUACACUGCCCAAGACUUACUUCGAGAGACAGUGGAAUCUUAUAUGGAUUUCCUAUCAUCCAAAGCCCAAUCGACGUCAGAUCAGAAAGACGAUGACUCUAGUGAGAGUAUCUCUCUAGAAACCCCUGACGACCCAGAACAUGAAGAACAGAUUGGGCAGCUAAGACAGGAAAUCAACCGACAAACGCUGAAGCUCUGUACUGCACUUGUGCAACAUCCAAUCUCGACCACAGGGACGCAGACUGCCAUCUUGUCAUAUUGUGCUAUUGCAGCAUGGGACGAAAGUGAGAACACCUGGCGAAAGGAAGAUCAGUGUGGUAGUACAUUAAGCCAAUUGAUCUACUGUUGUCAGAUCAUUAUUCUGGCCCAUGCUCAUGAGCUAGUAAGGUGUGGUCAGCAUGAGAAUGUGUCCAACGCAUUAAAGCCCCUCUGUGCGGCGUGGAUUGUGAACGACGAGAAGACCCCGGUGAGUGACAUGAACCGUCUUCGACUGUAUGCCAUGACUGUGUCCCGAAACACCGUCAAUCCCGAAGACCCUAAUAAAGAGACACUAAACUACGCUGGCAUUACCUACGAGAUCAAAUUUCUGGCGCAGGAGAUCACAUUUUACUUAGAUCAUACGCGAACUAUCUUUGAGCGAGAUCUUUGUCUAGGCCUACCAGACAUCCCAACCUAUCCGUUAGAUGAACUACGGGACAACUGGGAUUCUUGUCGACCUGGAUGCUCGUUCCUCGACGAUCCUCGCAAUGCUGGCAUCCUAGCAGGCGGCCAAGAGUGGCUCUGGGAGAACAUCCAAAGAGAGCCCGAAUUGCGACAUCUGGUGCUUCGACGAAACCAAGAGGAAGAAGGUUCGGGACAGCCAGCACGUCGAAAAGAGUUUCUAGGGAUGCGAUGGCAAAAUGUUGGAUUCACGAAGCGGAACGUUUUCGUUCACGACGGCCACGUCCUGUUUCUGUUGACCUACCAUAAAUCACUGAGUCGCACCCAUGCAUCACGGCACCCAGCGCGUUUCUUGCUGCCCGAAGUCGGGCAACUCCUGGUCCAAUUCUUGGUUUUGAUCACCCCUAUCCGGCGAUAUUUCCACCGGGAGGUGUUAGUGCCUGUUGACGUCAGCGAGUAUCUAUGGAGUGGUGGCUCCGGCAUCUGGCCUGAGGACAAGAUGACUCGGAUCGUCAAGAGCAUGAGCCAGCAAGCCAUUGGGGAGAAGGUGAACAUGCAGUCGUGGAGACAGAUCUCAGUGGGCAUUGCCAUCAAAAAGUUUAGUGGACUGACGUAUGAAGCAGACUUGGAUCUUCCCGGGGACGAAGAUGACGACCUUAGCGGCACCUCCAUCUUGAACAGUUUCGGCGGGGCCAUGGCCGACGUUUUCCACCAUCAAGCAGCUCACAGCGUACAGACUGGAAAUCGUGCCUACGGGGGGACCAUCAAUUUUAAUUCGGGGUUGACCGAUGCCGGACUGCAAGAAUAUUUUCGCGCCAGUCGAAUGUGGCACCAACUCUGUCAACCACGACCGACCACCAAUCCCAGCAUCACUGGGCACCGCAGACAGGCCUCCUCAUUGAAUCCUCCACUGAUCAAACGAGUCGCACUCCGGCAACAACCUCGUCGUCACCGUCGUCGCUGGGGCGAGCAGACCGUGCUCGAAACAUUGCAACAGCUUUAUCCCCAAACAAAGCCAGCUCAGUUCAAGACCGAGAAGCAGGCUCAAUUGAUCAGCAGUAUCGUGACGGGCUAUGCGGAAGUCAUUGGUAUCUUGGGAACCGGCGAAGGAAAGAGCCUGUCGUUUAUGCUGCCGGUAUGUCUGCCACAUGCCGCCACUACAGUGGUGGUGGUACCGUUGGUUGCCUUGAAGACCGACAUUGUCCGCCGUUGUCUCGAGUUGAACAUUGCUUAUUCCAUCUGGAAUCGGCACGCCAACCCACAGCAGUAUGUGGGGUGCUCAUUGUUAUUUGUUGCCAUUGAGGAGGCAGUUUCCCGCCGCUUUCGAACCUUUCUAGGCCAACUGGAUGCCAGUGAAAGCUUGGAUCGACUGGUCUUUGAUAAGAGCCACCUGAUCCUGACCGCAUCUCGCUACCGACCCAAAAUGGCCUUGGUAAAGGAGUUGCGAGAGUAUCGUUGUCAGGUCGUCUUUCUGACGGCUACCCUCCCCCCGCUGAUGCAGGCCCAAUUUGAACGACGUCUCUUGCUGGCUCAGCCUCGUACCAUUCGAUCUUGUACCUUUCGAAGUGACCUUUACUACCACGUCCAGCGCAGCAGUCGCCCAGGAGACUUCCUUGAGUACAUGACCCGAGGUAUCCGGACUGCCCUACAACAUCUUGAGGAGGAAGCUGCUGCCCGAGUGAUCGUCUACGCCCAGAGCCGGGGCGAGGCCGAUCAGGUCAGCCAGCGCCUGUCGUGUCCCGUGUACUACUCCGAUUCCGGUAGCAGCGAGGAGAAAGAAGAGGCUUUUGAACAGUGGCGACGAGGGACGAGCAGGGUGAUUGUGGCGACCAGUGCCUUUGGCAUGGGUGUCGACUACCCUCAUGUACGGGCGGUGAUCCACAUGGGAGCUCCUCAGGACAUGAUCAGUUUUGCCCAAGAGGUCGGGCGUCUGGGGCGUGAUGGGCGAGGGGGAACCAGUCGGGUCGUGCUGCCGCACCACUGGCAAUCCAAUACAUCACUCUCUCGCACGGAGCCCGAAUUUCAGACGUUGCCCGAGCUGGCGAUGCAGACCUAUCUGGGGCACUGCCGCUGCCUGGCUGCGGUGUUGAGUCGUUUUCAAGAUGGAGGUGAGCAUAUGCAGUAUUGUUCUCGUGAGCAACGCCAUCAGUGGUGCACCCGAUGUCAGCAGUUUGGCCGGCUGGAAAAGGGGCAGGACGCGGACCACACUGCGUUUAAUAGUCUUAGUAUUCAAAAGUGCUAG